UACGGAGGAAUGGCUACUGUCUCUCCAAUCAGUUUCAACUGUGGCUCGGGGAGACCAGCCCGUCGACAACCCGUUGGGAUUCUGUCGGACAAAAGUCUAUCAAAUUCGUUGGAUUCUACGUGUCUAAGCGCAUGUCUACCCUGACAUGGUCACCACCUGGGAACCGCCUCUUUCUCAUCCCAUGGUUUGGGAAUGGAUGUGGGUAUUUUCUUUACGAGUAUAUAAGUGCGACGGGCGAUGGUAGGCAGAUAACCCAUACUUACUCCCCAUUGAGGUAACACACCGAUGGGGUCAUAUUUGACACACCUCACUGUCCUUUUUGCAUUUCUAGCCAACUUGAGUGUGCAAAUUCAUGCGCUCUCCCCAGCUUAUUCCGCGUGUCAAUUGCAAAAGAAUACGGAAACCUCCCCGUUGACCGGAUGUCCAGCAGGAACGCUGUUUGUGUCGCCCACAGAUUAUAGAGCAGGUUUCAAAACUGUCCAAGCUGCUAUAGAGUCUCUGCCAGAGACAGGUGAUGCAGUAAUUCUGAUUGGCGCAGGAGAAUACUUUGAAAUGGUGAAUGUUACGCGGUCCGCACCGCUCACUCUUCUGGGCCAGCUUGACCCUUACACUGCUUCUGAAUCAGCGGGGAAUGCUUCUCAGCGCAACCUUGUUCACAUCUGGAACAAUUUAUAUGUCCUGCCUGGCAUGACCGACGAGGAGACUGCGACUCUCACAGUUGCCCGUGUCUCUGGUGAGAAAUUCGGUAACACUGACUUCAAAGCAUAUAAUAUCGACUUCGAAAACCGCGCUGCAAGAUACUCGAUCGCCCAAGCUCUCGCCGGCUCAUUCAUCUACGCAAAUGUUUCUUUCUAUGGUUGCACCUUUGCUAGCUGGCAGGAUACGUGGUACGCCGGUCACGGCUCAUAUACAUAUGCUGUUGACAGUAUAAUAUACGGUCAAACUGAUUAUCUUUUCGGAUUUGGCAUGUCCUGGUUCCAAAACGUGAUUUUGGCCAACCGGGCUUGUGGUGGUGGUAUCACAGCAUGGCAAGGGACAAAAGGCACCAGGAAUGGAGCAUUCAUCGCUGAUUCGAAGAUCAUUCGGUCCCCAGAUGCGAAUGCCACCACUGUGACUGAUGGCCAGUGCUAUCUCGGGCGUCCAUGGAACACCCUGGCUUCUGCUGUAUAUCUGCGCACCUACAUGGAUGAGAGCAUUCAACCUGCAGGUUUCACACCCUGGCCCGGAGAAAAAACUGUUCCAAGCACCACUUACUACGCAGAGUAUGAUUCAUCUGGUCCUGGAGGGGACACGUCAAAACGUGUACCGCAAGAGCGUAUCUUGACCGCUGCACAGGUGAAAGAAUACUUUUCACUAGAAUCAGUGUUUGCUGGUACACCAUCGUGGAUUGACUUUAACUACGAGAUUUAAUGGGGGUUGUCGUACUGUACUUCCAACGCUUGAGCGUAUAAUUGCUUUGUGCUGCCCAGAUUCUGUCGUCGUAGGCUCUUGGGCUAGGAUGUGCUUGGCAUAUAUAUAAAAUAGCACGGGUCUUUGAU